UUUUCCUUUGCUAUCAACUGCUUUGGUCUUAGAUUACUUUUGCAAUUACUGUUGUUGUUAUCUCUGUUAUUCAAUCUUUCAAGCAUUCUGUCUAAACUCUAUUUGUCUGCGUUUUAUUAUGUGAAACCUUAAUCUAGAUAUUCAGACAAGUCGUGGGUGGUACAAGUUUUGGGUUGGGUGAGAUAUGGCUAUAGCUUUUUCCAAUUUGUCUUGGUGGUUGUGGAGUGGAAAGCAUCAAGAUGCCAAAAUCCCCAAUGGGUCGUCUAUAAGUACUUCACCUGAUUUGGAUCUAUGGGAAUUGGAUAGUGUGAAAUUCCCAUUGGUUCAUCGGACAUAUACGGCCUCCUCAUCCAAUUCCAAACGGGGUAAAAGAAAAUGGCAUAGCCGUGAGGAAAGAAAAAUGAACAGGGAAUAUGAUGUUGUUUUGGUGCCAUCAGAUGGUGGAUGUGUUUCGGGGUCUGAGUCUGAUGAUUCAGAUUGGUCAAUAGGAUGGUUGGAGCCUCAUGGGCCUGGUUUCCAGAGUGAUGAUUAUGUAGAUGAUAGCUUUGCAGUGUUGGUUCCUUGCUAUAGACAUGGUUGUGAGGAUAUGGAGGACAAUUCGAAGGACAAGCUUUUGGACAACAUUGGGUACAUGUCGGAUACAUUUGCUGCUGCGCAGAGAACAAGAAGUAUAUGGAACAGUGGCUCUCUUCCCUGCAAAACAGCCGACAACCAGGGGCACCUAGAGUUGCAUAUUUAUCCUGAUUAUUCUACUCUUGCUGCAUCUUAGAAAACUGGAAGAACAAGUGUUAUGGUAAACAACGGGGAGAACUAAAAGAAAUCAAAAAAGGAAGAAAACAACAAAGAAACUCAAGAUUGUAUAAAACAAAGGGAAAAGGAGGAAAAAACAGUGUUCUCUGUUUAUCUCAACAUUGCUAGUAGACGAGGAUUAGCUUCUGUUGGGGUUUGAGGUUCGUUUCCUUGUUUAUUUGGUCCAGAGUUGGCCAAGAAGAAGUGGGCGUCAGUUGUCUUCACAAGGGUGUAGGGUGUAAUGUGAAUUUGCUGCAGAUGACAGAAAGAUGAAGCCAGAAGAAGAUAAAAGGUUGCUUGGGGUGUGCUUUCAUAUUCUUUGAUGUAAAUAAAAGUUGUACAUAUGAAAAGUAGGUCCAUGUUUCUUAUAUUCUCUGUUAAUAGAUCCAAUCCCCAGAGGUGGAGGAAAAAAAGGAGAAUAUAUUGCUGUAAAUAUUUGAGUCAAGUCUUAUGAAAUUGUUAAACUGUAAAUAACAUCUCUGAUGUCGAUUAAGUUACAGUUCUUUGGUUCUCCCAUUCGUACAAACAU